UCAGUUUGAAACGGCGUGUAAAAUGUCGAUUAUUCUAGCGCUGGUCGGUAUUAUAAUAUCGCUGCUGUUUUAUGCCGUACGGCAUAGGCACAACUAUUGGAAUCGGCGUGGGAUUCCACACGAUGUGCCCAUGUUCCCGAAGGGCAACAUGGGCGACUGGCCGUCCAAGCGGCAAAUAGGCGUUAUCUUCAGGGAUUACUAUCUGAAGUACAAGAAUGCAAAUAGCCCCUUCGCGGGCUUCUAUUUCUUUUUCACCAAGACCGUUGUGGUCACCGACAUGGAGCUGGUGAAACGCGUCCUGAUAAAGGAUUUCAAUAACUUUGAGAGUCGUGGCAUAUUCUACAAUGAAAUUGAUGAUCCCCUGUCGGCCACCCUGUUCAGCAUUGAGGGUCAGAAGUGGCGGCAGCUACGGCACAAGCUGACGCCCACCUUCACAUCGGGCAAGAUGAAGAACAUGCUGCCCAUCGUUUUGCAAGUGGCUGAGGAAAUGGCCAAGGUGUUUAAGGAGAAGGUGUCUGCGCCACAGGUGUUGGAGAUUACCGAUUUGGUGGGUCGCUAUACGGCCGACGUGAUUGGCACCGUCGCCUUUGGGCUCGACUGCAAUAGUCAGCGCAAUCCGGAUGCGGAAUUUGUCAGCAUGGGCAAGCGAGCGGUUACGGAGCGACGCUAUCGUGGCCUUCUUGAUUUCUUCCUUUUCGGCUUUCCCAAGCUGUCGCGUCGCCUGCGUCUGAAGAUGACAACUGAAGAGGUUGAGGAAUUCUACCUGCGCAUCGUUCGCGAUACCAUCGACUACCGCCUCAAGAGCAAUGAGAACCGCGGCGAUUUCAUGGACAUGCUCAUCGAAAUGUAUAAGAAGCAGCAGGAGGGCAACACCGAGGAGGGUCUGACCUUCCAGGAGUUGGCUGCCCAGGCGUUUAUAUUCUUUGUGGCCGGCUUUGAGACCAGCUCCACAACCAUGGGCUUUGCCCUGUACGAACUGGCCCAGCAUCAGGACAUCCAGGACAAGCUGAGAGCGGAAAUAAACGAGGUGCUUGGCAAUCACAACAAUAAAUACUCCUACGACAAUGUUAAGCAAAUGGAAUAUCUGGAGCAGGCUGUCAUGGAAACUCUUCGCAAAUAUCCCGUGUUGGCCCAUCUGACACGCAAGACCAUCUCGGACUAUUCGCCAGGAGAUCCGAAACACUAUAUUGAGAAAGGCAGCGUCGUUGUGAUACCCGCCCUCGGCAUACACUACGAUCCCGACAUCUAUCCCGAGCCAGAAAAGUUCAAGCCAGAGCGCUUCACGGAGGCAGAGAUUUCGGCUCGACCAGCCUGCAGUUGGCUGCCCUUUGGCGACGGUCCCCGCAAUUGCAUUGGCUCCCGCUUCGGCCUCAUGCAGACCUGUGUGGGCCUCGCCCAUCUGAUCAAGGACUUCAAGUUCAGUGUGGCGCCCGAGACCCAGAUACCCAUGAAGCUGGUCACCAAGAACAUUCUUUUGACUUCUGAGAACGGCAUUUAUUUAAAUGUUGAGAGGGUUUCCAAGUAAUCACAAAAUUGUUAUGCUAUCAUGAAUUAAACAGAUGUAUAACAGUUAGCCAGAUAAGAAGUAUACCCAAGAACACUUGAACUACACUUAUCUAAUCUAACUUUGAUAAGUUAAGCAGCUAAUCAAUCGCUUUUACACCUAUCUAAACUAAUCUGUUGAACACAUAUUCCGGCACCCGAAAUUGAAUGAAUUUUUAUUAUAAUAGUUCAAUACAAAGUAUGUUAAUGUUUUUAUAUUAUACUAAAAACAGUUAUUUGUUCAUAUAUUAA